CCUGCACGCCCUUUCCAACAUCCACCUGCCUCAAACUACAUGCGUACACGAGUUUCAGUAAUCCAAUAUAAGGAACCUCCCGACCAACUUCUCACAACCCCGCCACCUCUCUCCCCAUCCGCCUCUGCAUGUUCCCCCGCACCCUCCUCCGCACCUCCCUCACCACGCUUCUCACAGCACCGCGCUUCCAACCCGCCCUCAGACGCGCAAUGGCGACAACCACCACCCCAACGCAAGAAUGGCUCGUCAUCGUGCCCGACUUCCCCGCCGUCCUCGAAAAGCGCCUAGCCGUGCGCGGGAACCACCUCCAGGGACUCCUUGCAGACCCCGAGCAUUUCUGGCAAUUUGGAGGCGCCAUGCUCGAGGAGCCGAUCAAGGAGGGCGAGACGCCGAAGAUGAAGGGGUCGGCGAUGCUGUGUGUGGCGGCGACGGAGGCGGAGGUUGUGGAGAGGCUGAGGCGGGAUGUGUAUGUCACGAGUGGGGUGUGGGAUAUUGAGAAGAUUCAGGUUAUUCCGUUUAAGUCUGCGGUGAGGAAGGCGCUUUAGGGGCAGGGGGUAAGGAGGGGAAUGGAGGAUAGAUAGGGAAAGAUUAGUAGGGUGGCUUGAGAGGUAGUUAGGGGGCUUUGAAGGUUGUGGGAAGAGGGGAAGGGCGUCAUUCCUGCGGGAAGGAUGAAUGGAAGUACUAAGCAACGACCGAAACCUUCCCGGUCUAUUCUACGCUCCGUACAUUCGAGAGGCCAGGCUCAUCAUAGCGAGGGUUGGGGCAGCAGCGUUUAGAAAGCAUCAGGAACAGUACCCUCCUUCACACCUUCAAGUCAUCUAUCGAAAUUAAGAUUCACAUGAACAAUGCAUCUGACUUGCUGGAUCUACUGGUUGCCCAUAGAAGGUACACGGCCGUCAGAAACGACGAGUAAACGAGCAAUCUCAUGAUCUCCGACCGGAUGGUGCAAGUGCAGCUUUCAUGCUAUGCUUCUCAAUCCUAGCGCAUCAGGUCUCCACCGUAC